UGUGGAAGUAAUCGAGGAACGCUUCCAGUCGACGACAGUUUAUGACGUUGAGCUCUAUUUUUUGGGUCCAUAUCAAUACUUUCUGAUGAAUUGCACGGACGUUUGCCAUUGUAAAUCACUUAUUUCUCAAGCCAAAAAGAAAGAGGACCCGCUAACGCCACAAUAGUAGCAGGCAUGUCAGAGUCUGGUCACACGCGGUUUUGUGCAAUUAACGUUAGCUAGCUACUGUGUUUUCCUUUCGUGAACUGCUCGGUCUUGCCAGACAUAUUUAGUAACGUUAAUGUAUUAUUGCAGAAAUGUAACAGGAGUCGACUGUAGUUGCUAGCAAACGUUACAUAAAACCACUAUUACCAAAUAAUAGAAGAGGAAAGAGAGGACUUAAACGUUACAUGUUGGGCAUUAGCUACAAGGUAGCGUUGCAACUUGGCAAUAAUACUUAACGUUACCUAGCUUAGCUUUACUUGCUAGCGUACUAGUGUGGGUUCGCUACUUUGACAGGUCUCAUUACUCUUAACACUUGCAAUAUUAGCUACAAAUGUUACUAACAGCGAACACCUUAGUUAAAGUUAGUUAGCUCGCUGAAUUAUCUGGUUGGCAGUGCCGUUGAGCAUUCAACGGGUAACGAACCUAGCCAUCUUAUUUUAAGUUAUUUGUACGAACAUAUUUGCCCUAUUUUGCCACAAUGUUCAAGCUUUGUCUUCAGAUAGCUCUACGACCCACCAUCCCAACAAGAGCAGUGCUGGAAAGUGUCACGGUCAGAAAGGUUUUGAAGGUGUCCCACUUGCAAAGUUGUUGGAUGGGAACGCUCGGACGCAACGAGCCGCGGGAACCCCUAAACUCUCCGAAAAGAGCGAAAGAAUUCAUCUACAGCCUUCACCCCAAAGAAAGAAAAUGCUUGCUGAAAGAACUGCAGAGCUUUGAAUCCAUAGCUAUAGCUCAAGAGACUCAAGAGGCUUCACCGCUUACUCAAGCUCAGAUCAAAUACGUGCUUCUACACAAUGCGAUCCCCUUUAUUGGUUUUGGCUUCCUGGACAAUGCCAUCAUGAUUGCAGCAGGAACCCAGAUUGAGUUGUCUAUAGGUGUCACCUUUGGAUUAUCUACCAUGGCAGCUGCAGCUCUUGGGAACCUAGUGUCAGACCUGGCUGGACUUGGUCUUGCCGGAUACGUGGAGGUCCUAGCCUCCAGGCUAGGGAUGCAGGUUCCUGACCUCACACCCAAGCAGGCGGACAUGUGGCAGACCAGGGUUAGCUCCCACAUGGGAAAAGGCAUUGGAGUCACAAUCGGAUGCAUUCUCGGAAUGUUCCCCCUGUUAUUCCUAGGGGAUGAUGAGGAUGAGAGCAAGAAAAAAGAAGCACACACCAACACCACAGACUCUUAACAGCAUGUGAACCAGCUUUCUGGUCUCAGGGUCAAUUGCAAGCUGCAUCAUCAGCAUGAUUUUAAAUGAAUCUCUAACUCUGGAAAACCUUUCUUCUCUAUUUCAUAAUAUAAUACAUGUAAUUUAUCCAAAGCGACAUAGUCAUGGGUGCACACAUUUUACUUUCGGGUGGUCCCGGUAAUCAAACCCACUGUGCUGGCGUUGCAAGUGCCAUGCUCUACCAACUGAGCUACCAAAUAACCUUCCAAAAAUGUACUAUGAGCCAUUAGGCUUACAAAGUAGUUGCAUUUGAUGGCAAGUUAUUUUCAUAGGAUGGAUUUUGUAGAUGAAUUUGCCUAGGAGUUGAAAAUGAGUUUGAGAUGACUUUAAACGAAUGUUUUAAGAUUGUGAAACAAAGGAGUGAACUGCUACCUCGAUGGCAUUUUAUUUUUUGGGAUUUGAAACAGCAAGAGUUGAACUAGCUUGUGCAAUAUAUCUUUUUUGUUGAGGAAUUUCUGUACAAUAUAUUAUGCAUUGAACUUUAUUGAUUUAGUUUGUCAACAAGGAAAAAGCAAUUACGCUAUGAUUAUUAGCACUACCAACCCUGUUUUUCAGACGCAUAAUUACAAACAUACCUCUACUACACGCGCACUAAAUUGAGUGGGUGUAAUGCCUUGGGUUCCUAGCAUGUCAGGCUUAAGUUGCCUAUCUAUUCUAACUGCUGAUCUAUGUCUCUUAGCUUUCACAUGUAUUUUUAGCUAAGCCAAUUUUCACAGUCCAUACCAUAGAAGUGCCUCACUUUAUUUUCUUCACAUCACUCUAACCAAAUGUAUUUUUAUGACCUUUUUAAAAACCAGCACGUAGGAGAUUUAAUUUUGUGAAGUAUUAAACUUCAUGUUUGAAAGAACGUCAUUGUUAAUAUGCUUGAUUUUAAAGAAAUUAAGGAAACGAAGUAAGCUGAACAACAGAGUAAAACUGCGCACUCACUGUUUGUUGAAAUGCAAUUACAGCACCUACUAUUCCGUUGCCAUUAUGAUUGACUUUUUGUGGGAUAGUUACUGUUUGUUCACUGAUUGACAACCAUUUGCUUAUGGUGGCCUAAUCAAACUAGUCAUUUAUUGUGUGAAAGGAUCUUCUUUGUGUUUUCUGUCUAUGAAUAUUGGUUUUCGUUUUUCCGUUUGCCUUUUCGUAUUACAGUAAAUGCAGUACUUAAACUGGAAUGCCCCUCACCAUGCUGCUGUAUUUCCUCAUGAACUGUAGAGAAUGUUCAUAAUGACCCUUAUUAUUUAAACUAUUACUGCCAAAUGCAGUUUUCUUUUUGUCGCCAAAGUACUUGGCUGUAAAACGAAAACUGCAUAUUUCAGCACAACCAGACUGAUAAGAAAACGGGCACCAAGGUGUAACAUAAAUGCUUUGAUGGGUUUUGUUUGAAAGCAAUGGAAAUGUUCUGUUCUGGGUGACUAGUAUUUCUGCAGUUUGAUCAUGGUCUCACUCCAUCCCUUUCUUCUGCGCUAAUAGAAACCAUGCACUUGUUCCUCACCUCCUCUGCCCUCUGGUGGACGGAGACAUUUUGUAUCUGCCCCGACUCAUUCUCCCUACUGCUUAUCCUCCUGGCGACCUCUGGUCUUGCUUGUUGCACCACUGUUCUGGGCUUGCUGGAGACUCCUGGUCACAUGUGCCCUUCAGCUGUUUUAGGCUCUACGGCUCCAGAGACCCUUGAUCCACACGCUCUGUCCUCUUCUAUUUGGUGUUUGUCUAACUCUACUCCAUUGGUCUCCUCUAUAGCCUCGGGAAAACCCAGACAUAUGUUGGAACAUGUUAAUGUGGAAGGUAAGCCAUCUUGCAUCUCUAGGAUGUAUUUGGCUCUUGCCAAUUUUCUCCUGCAAUCUUCAUGGGAUCUCCAUCUCUUUCUGUCUUUUCACCUGAACACUUGUUCUCUAUCCCAAACAUGUACAUCAAGUUUCCUUCAAUCUUGUUUGGUGUUCUGUUCUCCAGUUUGAUUCCUGUGGUAUGGUUCUCUGUUUGUCUGUUUUGCCAUCUGUAUCUGAACCUCACUCCCUGUCAUUGCUUUCCAACUCUUCUCUCCCUUCUUGGCUAUUGGUCCACCAUGAUAUCAAAGCACACCUCGUCUGAUUCUUUUUUUCUCUUUGUCACCAUUAAUGACAUGAUAGAAAGUCUGGCAUGGUAAUAAGAACUAUUCAUUUAAACAAACAUGGACUUAUUUAAUGUUCAUCCCCACUCCCAUGUAAAUGACAGGUGCAUAAAAUGUAUCUAUGCUGCCAUGUUUACAUACUUAUGCCAACAAAAAUAGAGAAAAUACUGUUUGAUCGCUCUUGUAUUUUGCAAUGAUUUAAUAAACCGAUUGGAACUAUUUCACCAUUUGA